CAGCUCUCUAUCUUGCUGUAAAAAAGUUGCGAAGUCCCCCUUAUACGCAGGCACCUUCUUAAAGCUCCAUAGAAAGAGAUCCCAAAGAGACAAUCCUUUCUUUGCCUUCCUUUUUUCCUACUUCUAUUUAUAUUUUUUAUGGGUUGCAGGGUUGCCCACAUUGAGAAAGGUUACUCGUAGCCUUCUUCUUUCAGCACCCACAGACAACACCUUUCUACUAUCCCACUCCCUCUUUUCUGCUUUCCCUCGUCACCUUUCUCUCCUCUCCUUUCUUCUCUUUCUCUGCAAGACCUUUCUUCACACAAGCAUGUCGGGCUUAUAUGCUCACAGCUUCUCCCCUGCGAGAGCCCUCUCCCCACAGAUAAGAAGGACAGCAGAUGUAGAUAGUCAGUACUUGGCAGAGCUGUUGGCAGAGCAUCAAAAGCUUGGUCCUUUCAUGCAGGUUCUUCCUAUAUGUAGCCGUUUGCUGAAUCAAGAGAUUACACGAGUCUCAGGCAUGGUCUCCAACCAAGGAUUUGGGGAUUUUGACAGGCUGCAGUGUGGAAGUCCCAGUCCCAUGAGAGCAGGUUUUCCACAAGGAAUUAAUAUGGACUGGCAAGGAGCAUCACCAAGCCCCUGUUCAUAUAUUGUCAAGAAGAUCUUGCGCUUGGAAAUUCCAGUGGACACCUAUCCUAAUUUCAAUUUUGUUGGUCGUCUCCUGGGACCCCGAGGCAAUUCACUGAAACGGAUGGAAGCUUCUACAGGAUGUCGUGUUUACAUUAGGGGAAAAGGUUCCAUUAAAGAUCCUGGCAAGGAGGAAAAACUAAGGGGAAGACCAGGCUAUGAGCACUUAAAUGACCCGCUGCAUAUCUUGAUUGAGGCCGAGCUACCUGUGAAUGUUGUUGAUGUUAGGUUGAGACAGGCACAGGAAAUUAUAGAAGAGUUGCUUAAACCGGUUGAUGAAUCACAGGAUUACUAUAAGAGGCAGCAGCUUCGGGAACUAGCCAUGUUGAAUUCAAGUUUAAGAGAGGACAGCCCCCAUCCAAGUGGCAGUGUUUCUCCAUUUGGAAAUAGUGGAAUGAAACGAGCGAAAACGGGAUGGUAGAGAAUAAUUAUUACCUCACUAAUAGUUCUUAAAAUUUUUUCCCACCUAUCCAAUCAUGCCUUCAGCUUAAAUUACUUGUUAGUUGAGCUUGUGUGGAGCAGAUCACCAUUACUAGCUGGUGAGUUUAAUCUGCUAGUGGAAAUUUUUCAGUAGAAGAAAAGAAAGAAGACAUCACAGUAUCUGCUGUGACUACAUUAGCCAAAUCUUCAUGUUUUGUUGAUGUCAAGCUAUGUUUGUUGUUACUACAUUUUACUAUAAUUUAAUCAUCAAAAUUUACUGAAUUUAAA